CACAUCUCAUUCCGUAGCCAUGUCUGCUGAGACUACUAAUGUUGUAUCUGUACCUACUGCUGAAGAUAAUCAGCAACAUGAGAAAAUAGUAAAGGAAGAAGCACAUGCAGCUGAACAAGGUGAUGCUCCUCCAUCCAAGACCGACGCUGAAAAGCACGAGAAGGAAAUUUGUGAAGCAGAAAAGACUGAAGGUGUAGAGAUUUCUAGCACUAAAUCUGAAGAAACACCGGUGGUCAACCAGGCCGAACCUCCUCUGGUUAUUGAGGUUGAGAAGGCUGAUCAUGUUCCUGUCCAAAACAUCGAAGCUAAUCACCAGUGUCAACCAACUGAACCAGUUGCAAAUGUGCCAGAGGAGGAGAAGCCAUCAGUUAAAGCUGUUGAAAAGGAGGAGGAAAUAGCAAUUGAAGCAGUUGAGGAGGUGGAGAAGACACAAACUAUUGAAACAAUUGAGAAUGAAGAAGCAGAGAAGGCACAGACUACUGAAGAAGUUGCUGAGAAUGAACCAGAGAAGACAGAAGCUAUUGAAGAUGACAAGAAUAAACCAGUGGAAGUAAUAGCAAUUGAAACGGUUGACAAAGAAGCAGACAAUACACCUGCAGAUGAAGUAGCACUUGAAGCUGUUGAAAAUGAGCAAGAAAUACAAGCUAGGGAAGCAAGUGAGAAUAACGAAGUGAAGAACAUGGCAAUUGAAGCAGUUGAGAAGGAAUUAGAAACAAAGGCUACUGAAGCAUGCGAGGAUAAAGCAGUAGAGAAAAUAGCGAUUGAAGCAGAUGAACCAGAAACACAAGCUACUGAAGUAUGCGAGGAUAAAGCAGUGGAGGAAACAACAAUUGAAGCAGUUGAGAAAGAAGCAGAGAAGACACAAAUAAGUGAAGCAGAUGAGAAUAAACAAGAGGAGACACCUGCUAUUGAAGAACAGAUGGAUGAGAGUACAAAAGUGGGAACUUUAGAGUCUAAUACAUCAAGUGAAAUAGUCAAGCCUGCUGAAGAAAAUGUUGAGGGUGAGAAGGAGACUACUGCUGCUUGCGAGUCAACAAAGAAUGAGGAACCUCAACUGGUGGAGAAAGAAGCAGGUGUGGUUGAUAAUGUCAAGGACGAGACGGUGCAGUGUGAAAAAGCUGCAGAGAAGGUUGAAGAAAGUGUGAAAGUAGCACAAGUAACUAAGGAGAGUGAUCAGAAAACUGAAGAAACAUCAGUUGAAAACGAAGUAAAAUCCAAGGAUGGUACUAAUGAGCUCAAAAAUGAAACAGAUCAGGUUAUUGAAAAAUCAGUAGAGGGGGAGCAGAAGAGUGAUAGAGAUUUGGUUGAGGGAUUAGUCAAAGAAGAUGAGUAUAAGGACAUUAAGGUGAACGGAGAAGCUAAAAACGAGACGAAAACUGAUGUAGCCCAAAAUGUUGAGUCAUGCAAAGAUGGUGAUCUUGAGACUCAAAAAUCCAAAGACCAAGUACAAGUUGUUUCAGCUAAACCAGCACAGAAGCCAUCAGGCAAUAUCAUAUCAAAGGUGAAGCAGUCUUUAGUGAAGGUGAAGAAAGCUAUAAUUGGGAAGUCUCCCAGCUCAAAAGUCCUUACACCAGAAAUCAAAGGAGAUCAGGAAAAUGUGAAAUAAUUCUCUUAGUGGUUGAUUGGAUUGGUGUACCACAUUUGGUGAAGACAGGAGGCCAAGAACCAUGUUUCUACUUGUUUUUGUGUGGGAUUUUUCAAGAUUUUGUUUGAUUAAUUCUUUCAUGUUAGGGCCAAGUAGUAAUUACUUGUGUUUGUUUUGGGUGA